UGACCAGGGAAGGGGGGAGUAUGUGAACUGUAUCCUGAGUUGCAGUCCUUUGCCUGCAUUCCUCUCAUCUAGGAUUAGCUUGAAAGGAAAAAAAAAUCAUAAAUAAUAACAGACGCAGAUUGGAAUACGGCGCUGAAGCAUCUGCUUUCAAUCGGGACUAACGCUUUAAAGGACGCGAUACCCCUGGAUGAUCGCAGAACUGGAUCGGUUCGCUUUACGCGAAGCGUCUAUAUAAAGGGCAUACAAAUGAGAGGAAAAGUAAAUAGAUACGUCGUUUUUAAUUCGCGUUAAACAGGAAAACAAGAUGGCUGAUGAGCGAUAACAAGGGCCAAACGAUAUCGUCUCCUUUAAGAGCAACAAAGGCGUCUUUCGUUAAAACGGAACGCUGAACGCCUGAUUCUUCCUCUCACGCCCGCCUGUGGUAUUUGAUCGCUGACUAACUUUGCCAGGAGCACAAACGCUCCCCUGGCAUGUUCGGGUCUGAUCGGCAGCUGUUUCUCCGGGGCUUCUGCGCUCGCGCGGCCUUCUUCGACCGAGCCAACACCUGGAUCUAGCUGAAAGAGUUGCGAGGAUGAGCCAGACCUUGUCGGGACGCCGCUAAAACCUGAUGCUUUGGAUCGACUCGAAACCGGAUGUCUGAUCAACUGCUUGAGAUGGCCGAGAACUGGCGGAACUGCUUCGAGGAGGAGCUCAUUUGUCCCAUUUGUCUGCACGUGUUCGUGGAGCCCGUGCAGCUGCCGUGCAAGCACAACUUCUGCCGGGGCUGCAUCGGCGAGGCCUGGGCCAAGGACGCGGCCAACGUGCGCUGCCCCGAGUGCAACCACGCGUACAGCCAGAAGCCCAGCCUGGAGAAGAACAUCAAGCUGACCAACAUCGUGGAGAAGUUCAACGCGCUGAACGUCGAGAAAGCUCCGGCCGUGCUGCACUGCAUACUGUGCAGGCGAGGGCCUCCUCUGCAGGCGCAGAAAGUGUGUCUUCGUUGCAACGCGCCGUGCUGCCAGUCUCACAUCCAGACGCAUCUCCAGCAGCCCUGUCCCGCUCCUGGACACCUCCUGGUGGGGGCCGAGGAGGUGCGGGCCUGGAGCUGCCUGCACCACGACGAGUACAGGCUCUACCACUGCGACGCGGAACAGGUGGCGGUCUGCCAGUACUGCUGCUUCUCCAGAUGCGCGCCCAACCACGGCCACGCGGUGUGCGACGUGGAGGUGCGACGCAACGACAUCAGGCAUAUGUUAAUGAAGCAGCAGGAUCGCAUUGACGAUCGAGUGAAAGACAUCGAGGAGCAGCUGUAUAAGUUGGAGUCUGACAAACUGCUGGUGGAGGAUAAGGUACGGCAGCUGAAGGAGGAGGUGCGUGUGCAGUAUCACAAAAUGCACCAGCUCUUAGAAGAUGACCUGGGGAGAACUCUAGAGGUGCUGGAUAAAGCGCACUCCAAAUACUGCCAGGAGAACUCGACCCAAACCCUCCAGCUCAAUGAACGCCGUCAGGAGGCCAAGAAACUGCUCAGCUCUGUCCAAGUUGUGUUUGACAAGGCAGAGGAUAUUAACAUUAUGAAGAACACAAAACCAGUAAAAAUACUCAUGGACAGAUCGCAGUCAUGCACGGGCAGUGUUCUGCCUCCUUUUAAAGUGGGUCAUCUUAAUUCCAAAAUAUUCCUGUCUGAAGUCUCAAAAAAGGAAAAGAACCUGAGAAAAAUACUGGAAGCACCAUUCAGUACUCCCGCGCACUUCCUCCAGAGCGUUUCUGUCCACCCCUCCAGUGUGAAUACCUCCGGGGGUGAGAAACGCAAACACUCCACGGCCUUCCCUGAAAGCAGCACCAGCCUGCUGGAGUCCUCGUCAGGCCCCAUGAGCAAACAGCAGUUCCUGGGUCAAGGAGCCAACUCCACAGACGGGCCGGCAUCGCAGCCACCCAUGGCUCCCUGUAGCUCCACCCAGCACAUUGUAGGCCUUAGCAGUAGCAGCGGUGCCCAGUCUGUCCAUCAUUCCAGCUCUGUUUUUACUCCCGCCGACUACCCCAACCCCAGUUCGUCCCAGCAGGCCAUGCUGCCGCAGUACGGCGGCCGUAAGAUUCUCAUGUGCACGAUGGACAACUGUUACUGCUCUAGUGUCCCCUCCAUAUCGAACCACCGCGGCCAUCCUCCCUACCCGCGCUCGGGAUCCUUCCCUUGGACACAGGACUAUACCCACCCUCUGCCCUCCACGCCAUCAAUGUCCCAGCCGCUCCAGGGACUCUCCAUGCAUGACUGGAUUGACGCCUCACAGAGCCAUAGGCACCCUGAUUUCUAUGGACUCUACGGGCAAUCUUCCACUAAACCAUACGUCACCAGUUAACUUCCACUGCAACUCUGGUUAAUCUCCAAUAACUCGCCCAGUUCCUUAAGGUUCGGUCACAUUCGCAAAAUUUAAGUGAAAUUUUGCGUGCAAAAACAGAUCUAUUGUCAAUAGUGUAGAGAUGUAUGAAGUCUGCUUUGAACCAAGUGAAUUUCAGUGACUAGCUUAAAAAUGAGCGAAAUCUGUGUGGGGAAAAUUUUCCGCCCUCGCGUGAAAUUCCCAAUUGCAUGAUUUCCUAUUGGAAUGACUGGAUUUUGCCUGUGAAAUUUUGCCAAACGACGGCAGAUGUGACCGCACCUUUUACACCUUUUUUGCCCGCCUGUCUUUCAAAAUCAGGCUUGUUAACAUCACAAUCUAAAGGACAGCACUUUUUAGCAUGCAAUGCAAGCCUCUCGGCGCUUCGAAACACGAUCUCUUCCAACUUAAGCAUUAAAACCUUUUCUGUCCCUGCACAAAACAUGAUAAGGGAAUCUUUCUUUGAGAAAUGUGGAGGCGGGACCCAGCUGAGUUUUUAAAAUUACAAACAGAUUUGAGAUAAUUGCAGAGGGUUCUGACCCGGAGCAGAUAAUGAUCGCUUGUAAAUGGAGUUAGUUUUAACUCCUUUCACCUCCCCUCUUCCUGCCUUUAGGGCAUCUGGAAUCUGGUUGGUUUUUAUGAUGUGGUAAAGAUUCCUUUUAACAUUGUUAUUAAACUUUUAUUAAUAGUAGGUGGGGAAUAUUGUUAUAUAAAAUAAAGUGGGAUAGAGUGCGUUUAUUAUUUAUCAUAUUUGACCUCUACCAAGUUUCUGCUGAACCGCUCCACAGGUGACCAUGUGACUGGGAACUCUGAUUAUGAUUUGACGUGUUACCUACAUUCCUUAGAGGCCAGAGGAGCUUAUUUUUCUGUUAUGUUUACAAUUAUGUAUGAAUAUUUUUUUCAUUAAGUUUCGGUAGGUUGGAAAAGAUCAGUACAAAAACUCAAUGCAGAUUCAUUUGGAGAUUUUCCACUGAGCAUGUCAUGAACUAGUACUUCUGGAUUCUGCUUCCUGUCAGAUAAUGUUACUUCCUGCAUUCAAGCACAUGUGAAGCAUGUUCAGGAUGAUUGGUGCCUACACACACCUCUCAGUCUUAUAAUGGUGUAGAUAUACUUCCUGUUUAGUCGGUGACGGUGAAGCCUGAUGGGGUCUGUGGUCACCGUGAAACACUGAUUGUCAUGAACAUGCUGAAAAACUUCCUGUUUGUGAUUGUAGACUUGCAGGAAAGCCUUUCUGUGCACUCAGAACUCCAAGAGACUCGACUGAGUGAGACCAGAGGACAGUUGGUGACAUUUUUUCACAUAUUUUAUACGAGAAAACUGAAUGGACUGCAUACAUUUGGAGAUCAAAAUAAAUGUGCUUCAAAAAAGUAUUAAAUGCUGGUUUAAACAAAAGUGUAUGCAAUCUCGUUUAUAAUUGUCUAAUGUAGACUCUUUUUGCUGGUAGAGGUUAUGAAUACACAGCUUCUCAACCGGGAGGUCUCAGCAAACUUCUAGUCUUGACUUAAAAUAAGACCAACAAGCAUUAAAAUAAGUUCAAACAACUUAGAGUCAGUAUGGUUUUGUUUUGUUUUUUUGGAAAGAAACAGGGUUACCGCUGUCUUAAAAAACCGGGAAGAACUUUGUUGUUUUUUAGACCUUUCCAGGUUAUGCAAAUUAAUAAAAUGUUGUAAGUCCA